AUGGGCUCCUAUCACAACAACCGGCUGAAGAUGGUCAGCUUGUUCGAUUCUGAUGAGACAUACGAUUCCCCAGGCCAAGCGCCGAUGGUCCCGUGGCCCUCCCAGAGCAACUCUAGUCCUUUCGACAGCGCUGACAUUGGGUACCUCCACAACUAUGAGUCUGCACCGCAGGUCAAAUAUGACUUCGCGAGCCGUUCGUUUCAGCUAGAUCACUUCGUUGCUGACUCUGUCGGUAGCCAGUACCAGAAGCAAGAUGAUGGUGCUCGGGCAAAGAGCGAGGAUCGCGUUUCUCAAGUGAGUUACACUCCAGGACAAGACAGCGAGGAUUAUGAGAGUGUUUUCGAGGACCACCUGCCAUCCAAGGCAACAAAGAUCAAUAAAGAUGGUGCACCUCGCAAACCUCGGCAGCCUCGUCCCAAGCUUCUAAAGUGGACCGACAACGACUGGAAGAAUGCUGUCCUCGGGAUUGUCUGGGCGUGCGGCGAGAAGGGCAUCCAAAUCCCAUUCGAGCAAGCUGCCCAGGUUGUUGGCAAAAACUGCACUGCGAGCGCGCUUCAACAGGCUGUAUUGAAGUUGCGUGGCAAGCAGGUUGCGGACGGCAAUCGCAUCCCCACACUGAAGAUGGCCUGGACACGCAAGAAUAGAAGUGGAAGCUCUCUAUCGCCCAUUGCUAAUACACAGUCUACGCAGGUUCAGCCCCCGGCUAAGACCCGUUCACGCAAGCGCGCCGACUCUCUUAUCGUGAAGCUCAAGAUCCCGCGUCGCGGCGUCGAUGAUAUGCGUCUUAAUGCUGCCAAGCAGCCAGAGAUCAAGCUUCCCUCAGACAUGUUUUCAGGUGCUCAGCACACCACUAUUCAGCAGCCUCUCCGCCAAACUCAUCUGCAUUCAAUGCACCAGCCCCAGGAGUGGACUUCCAAGGUCGAACAUCACAACCUGAACGACAAUACGAACAUGGCCUAUCUCUUUGCCCCUGCCUAUGGAAAUCCUGGAAGCCAGGUUCAGAUGGGUCAUGAUACUGGAAAGCACGCACAUAUGGGCUUCGGUCUCGAUGCAGCGUCUUUCCCAAACAUGGCUGAGGAGUCUGCCGACUCGGUAGAGCAACGCAAGCUCUACAACCGCAACCAUAUCGUUGUCGAUGAUCGCUUGAUCGACCAAGACCACUUCGUCAUGGGCACUACUGACCAGUUGCGUUCGUUUGAGGACAUCAUCACUCCAGAGAAUAACCCUUUUGGUAGUGAUUUUCUCACUGAUAUGCCGCACCAGGCAACCCAGGUCUAUGGAAAUCCUCAUGGAGGUAAUGUCGAGUACAACCAAGAUUCCAACCCAGUUGAUCGUCACCAGCUGCACUCUGUUGACUUCUCCGAGUUUACUGACUAUGCGGCUUACUCUGCGGGUCACAACAGCCAGGAGCCACUUGGUGACAUCUUCAAGACCGAAGCUCCUGAGGUGCAGCAAUACAGCCCCCACUACUUCGACUGA